GCCGCCGCCGCCGCCGCCUUCCAUCCUCCCUCGUUUCUCCUCGCUCUCGCGAACCCGGAUCGGAUGUCUUGUUAACAUGUCAGGAGCAAUGGUUAACCAUUAUGAGCGGUCGCAUGAAAGAUUUACGUGGAGAGGCGUACUCCAUACUCAUGUUGAUCCUAAGAAGAGAAAAGGUUUUAAGAUCUUGUCACGCCCAAGGGAUCGAGUCAAGGAUAAAACCAUCAAUGUUCCAGGCAGUUGUGUCUUUUACUCCCUGGCCACCGCCCUUGAGGCAGCAUAUCGUGCCUGUGGAGUGGACAUUGAUAAGCUCUCAUGGGAGGAUUUGUAUGACAUGGUCGAUCAAGAUAAUCAAUUUCGUGUCCGUGCUUCCCUUCGAGUCCUGAAGUAUCGUGGAAUUAGACGUGAAGCUGAUUACAAGAAGGGCAAUAUUAAUGGAAAGCGAUUCAAGAUAGCUCAAUUUUGUGACAUAAGCAAUGGCUUGGACUGCCACAAUAUCAAGGGGGCCAUAAACAAUUAUCUUAGCAAGACAGUUAUGGUUGCAACAUUUCCAAUAAGCCACAACUACUAUGAUCUAGAAGAUGGAGUAGAGAACAUCUACGAGUAUGAUGAAGAUGAUCCUGUAUUUGGAGGAGAUGCCGGGUCAGAACAGAUUUUCACACACAUGGCAGUUAUAACUGGUUUUGGAUUUGAGGAGAAGGUUCCCUAUUUUGAAUUUUUAGAUUGCAAUGGUAAGACUUUUGGCAAAAAUGGUUUUGGUAGGAUAUUACCCAGUAGCAUAAUUGCUCUCUACGCAUUUGAUGUUGUUGUUGACUAGAUGCACUUACGUAAGUUGUGCUUCAGUGUCUUUGUAAUUUUGGAGGCAUAAUGUACAUUCUGCCAACUUUUGUGAAGUUCAUGGACAGAUGUCAGAUGCCUAUGAAGUACUGAAGUUGAGCUAGGUCAAGAACUUGAUGGUCUCCCAUUGUGGGCUUAUUUGUAUCUCAUCAUGAAUUGGGUGCUUGUGUGAGAUUGCAGCUCCAUAGUAUGUCCUCUGCUGGAUGGAAUUAUGCACAGGAUGUGAGCAAUAUACCUGUCUAUUAUGAACAAACCUUUGCUUGUACUGCUUAGUGAAUACAAGUGUGCGUACACCUGUUGAUCCCUGGUUUCUGCAAUAUGUUGUUACUUGUUCUU